GAGGAAGAAAUACCAAAACAACAGUCAAGCUUUUUGUCUGAAAUCGAGAGCUGACUAUUAAUACCAGCAAGUCAAUUCUAUAAUCAUAUCAUACGCGUUGAAAUUCUUGACGCAGUUUGAUUGAGGUCUAAUUUCUGACUUCACUUCCACAAUUCCGGGCCAUUCUAAUUUCUAAAUCACUUAUUGAGUUAACUGAGAUGCAGCCAUCUCAGAACAAUAUGAACAUGGAUGGGUCUCGAAGGUUCUAUAACCAACCAGUGCAGGAUCUCGAGUCCUAUUGCUUACCUACUCCCGGUGGUCUAGAUAACCAGUUUCUUGCUGUUGGGGGCGCAGAAUUCUUUGCUCAAACUAACGACCAGUAUCACGAUGUUAUGUCCUAUGGUUACCCGGGCCACAGUUAUACUGCUGAUAGCUUCUUGUCUGAUACAAGUGGCAUUCUGCAGCAAGAUUCGCAGUUAUAUCUUGCAGACGUGCAUCAUCAUUCUCCCGAGGAGACCUACCACUCGGCAGCUAGCAAGUCUAGCUUAACGGAUGAAAAUGACUUGAAGCAUAAACUAAGAGAGCUGGAAUCUGCGAUGUUUGGCCAUGGUUCAGAAGCAUAUGGCAGUAAUAUGGGCAAUCCUGAUCAGAUGUCAUCAGAGGCGGAGAAGUUAGAGGAGAUGAUGGGGAUAACUUCUCGUAGGGGCUUGAAAGAAUCGCUUGUAGCCUGUGCAAAGGCGAUAGAAGAUAACGAUAUUCCACGAGCCGAGUGGUGGAUGUCAGAGCUUCGGACGAUGGUUUCGGUUUGUGGUGAACCGAUACAGCGGUUAGGGGCGUAUAUGUUGGAGGGUAUGGUUGCGAGAUUAGCCUCCUCGGGAAGCUCUAUCUAUAAGGCCUUGAGGUGUAAAGAGCCUACGAGCAACGAGCUCUUCUCGUACAUGUACUUGCUCUAUGAAGUCUGCCCGUUCUUCAAAUUUGGAUAUUUGUCUGCCAAUGGAGCAAUCGUUGAUGCCAUGAAAGAUGAAGAGAGAGUUCAUAUCAUUGAUUUCCAAAUCUCUCAGGGUACCCAGUGGAUUACCCUAAUCCACGCCCUUGCAGCCCGACCUGGUGGGCCACCUCAGAUCUGCAUUACAGGGAUUGAUGACUCUACAUCGGCUCAUGCCAGGGGAGGAGGGCUCGAGAUUGUGGGUAAGAGGUUGUCUACACUUGCAGAAUCAUGCAAAGUCCCGUUUGAAUUUCGACCCGUGGCUGCUUCAUGUGCUGACGUCAAGAUUGAGCAUCUAAACGUUCGACCCGGAGAAGCUCUGGCUGUGAACUUUCCACUCGUAUUGCACCAUAUGCCAGACGAGGACGUUGGCACGCAAAACCACAGAGACAGACUGGUGAGGAUGGUCAGGAGCUUGUUUCCCAAAGUCGUGACCCUCGUGGAGCAAGAAUCAGAUACAAACAAAGUCCCGUUCUUUCCCCGGUUCGUGGAGACACUAAACUAUUACCUAGCCGUGUUCGAAUCAAUAGACGUGGCUCUGCCGAGGGACCAUAAGGAACGUAUAAACGUCGAGCAACAUUGCUUGGCUCGGGAAGUUGUCAAUAUUCUAGCAUGUGAAGGGGAGGAACGAGUGGAGCGUCACGAGGUUCUCGAGAAAUGGAGGUCGAGAUUUUCAAUGGCCGGUUUUACACCUUACCCAUUAAGCUCUUCUGUUAACGCCACCAUCAAGACACUUCUGGAGAACUACUGCAAGGACUAUACACUUGAGGAGAGAGAUCAGGCUCUUUAUCUCGGUUGGAUGAACAGAGCCUUGGUAGCCUCUUGUGCGUGGCAAUGAAUUCCCAUUGUACUUGGAGUCUCUGAUUUGGUAGGUAAAUGCAUCCAACUAAUAUCUCUUAUGUUAGAUUUUAAUUAGGUUGUUUCAUAUCUGUUGACCUCAGAUUUGCUCUAAGACUUCCUAAAAAUGUCAAAGUAUCAAAACAGUUUGCUUCUAUAUCUAUGUUGUACCAUGGCAAUGGCAUAAAGUUUACUUUUCUAGUCUAAA